ACAUUCCUUGGAGCACGAAACCGUGCGAGUGCCCAAACAAAGGGCGUGCCAUUUAUUGACGGAGAUCUGUCAUCUGUGUUUUCAGAGGUACAGAUCUUUGCACGAGAAGGGAGCUUACGAAUUUUACACAUUUUUCCAAAUCCCACCUUAGCAAAUUUUGUUUUGGUUAUAAUUAUACAAUAUACACACAUUAUUUAUCACACACAGAGGAGCCUUGAAGGUGGUGAGAUGUGGGAAUCAAUCUGCUUAACCGUGGCGGCCACUGCCGGUAAUAACAUCGGAAAAGUCCUCCAGAAAAAGGGCACUCUUAUUCUCCCACCUCUCUCUUUCAAGCUCAAGGUAAUAAGAGCAUAUGCUUCCAACAGAGCUUGGAUUACUGGCUUCUUGAUGGAUAUAUUUGGAGCUAUCUUGAUGUUGCUAGCACUUUCUCAUGCUCCUGUAUCAGUCAUUCAACCUGUUUCCGGCUGCGGGCUUGCUAUCCUUUCGGUUUUUUCACAUUUUUAUCUGAAGGAAAUCAUGAAUCCUAUUGAUUGGAUGGGAAUCAUUUUUGCUGGUAUUGGCACUAUAGGUGUUGGUGCUGGAGGGGAGGAACAGAAGUCUUCAUCUAUUUCAAUAUACCAUCUACCGUGGCUAGCAUGUGUUGUUGCUGUCUUGUUUGUAGUAUUUAAUUGUAGGGAUGGGAAUGUUCUAAUAAUCUCAUUACUAAAUUCUGAAGUUUGCUUGAUGGAGCAGAUGCAAUAUUUCCAGCUGACUAAACAAAGUUAUAAACUGUCUUCUAGUAAAUCUUCAUCUUAUCAUGUGCUUCUUAAUGGAUGGCUUCGUGUGUACAGACGUCAAAGACGAGAACAGGAGUUGAUGCAAUAUGAGGUUGUUGAAGAAAUCAUUUAUGGCUUGGAAUCUGGCAUCUUAUUCGGGAUUGCAUCUGUAAUUUCAAAGAUGGGGUUCGUAUUCUUGGAGCAGGGCUUUUCCAAGCUAUUACUCCCCAUUUGCAUCUCCAUUAGCAUUUGCUGCAGUGGUUCUGGAUUCGUUUAUCAGACCCGUGGAUUGAAGCACGGAAGGGCAAUUGUAGUGUCUACUUGUGCAGCUGUUGCUUCAAUAGUGACGGGCGUGCUUGCUGGCAUGCUUGCUUUGGGCGAACGUUUGCCUUCAGCUCCUGUGGCUCGUCUAAUGCUUCUUCUUGGAUGGUUGUUUAUAAUUGUUGGUGUGAUUUUGCUUGUGACCUCAACACGUCUGGUUAGAUACCUCCCGAGGCCAUGGAGAAGAUUUGUGAGAAGUGGAGUUGAGAGAAGGCAGUCGAGUUCUAUUAGAACGAGGGAAACUAACCCUAGUGCUGUUAUCCAAACGAGCACGCUGCACCAUUUACUUUCAUCUCCUUCUAAAUCGAAAUCUUGAUUCUUUUUUUUUUUUGUUCGUUUUUACUAGAAAAGAAUGGAAAUUUACUAGUUACAUAGAAAUGCUGUUCGACUCUCAGGAACGUAUAAUUUUAGUCUCGGUUUGGAGAAAUUCGUUGAGAGUGUACAGUUUUUAUCUCUGUGUACAUUUACUUACAGGGGCAUAGAUCAGCUCAGCUCAAUUGUUCUAAAGAUUGUUUAGCAAUUCGCAUCUUUAUUGAGGGACCCCAAGUGUUAUUCAGUACAAAUGAGAAGAUUAUUAAAGGCUGCCCAAAAAGGG